UUUGGUCUAUCCUUUUCUUUUAUGAUUCAGAUGAAAACAAUCCAAGUUAGUCGCGAAAGAUUGAUUCACUAGUGCAACAUCAUGGGCAACUUUCUUUGGGGCAUUAAACUAUUCACAUUUACUUUUCGACCCUCCAGUUUAUUUAUUAUUUAUUUUCUCCAUACCAUAUACCCAUGUAUACUACAUAUCACCGAAAUUUAUCAUGGCCUCCUCAAUAUACCACACAAUAAUCUUUUUCUUGCUCCUCACUCUCACGCUUGCUCAAGUUCGUAUUCCUAUCACGCGAAAAAUCCAUCUUCCGCAGCCUGCUUUCAGCCGCCGUUUCUCGACUCGCGCCUCAAUCUCGGGAUCUCUUGCCAAUGAUUUGACACAAGCAAGCUAUGUGAUCUCCAUUAAAGUUGGAACCCCGCCCCAAGAUAUCGAUUUGAUUGUCGAUACGGGUAGUAGUGAUACUUGGUUAAUCACCAAUACUGCGAAUUCAUGUACUGGAUUUGGAUUGGAGCAUCUCAAUAAGACGGAGACACUUCCCUGCAUCACUCCUUGUAUGUAUUUUGUCUAUAGCUCUUCCACCAGUACUUUGCAAAGCCUCUAUAGCUCUGCAUGUUGGAAUGACACUCCGAAAACGAGAAUUGAAACAGUGAAUACAUACUGAAAUAGAGAUACAGAUAACCCGCACACCUCUUCAUCCAUGAACGGGAACGUCACAACCGACACCUUCCUUAUUGAAUACAUGGAUGGUAGAAAAUCAAAAGGAUCCUACAUAGCAGACACUUUCACCAUGGGCAAUGCUACCGUCCAGUCUCUUCAAAUGGGUCUCGCUUCUACCACAGAUAUACGGACCGGAACAUUAGGGCUUGGCUAUUCCAUCAAUGUAGCCUCCAAUACCAUCUAUCCAAAUAUAAUCGACGAACUAGUCUCCCAGAAACUCAUAAACACCAGAGCUUAUAGUCUCUACCUCGAUUCAGCCGACUCCUCUACCGGCUACAUCCUCUUCGGUGCGGUUGAUACUAGCAAAUUCGCUGGUGAAUUAGUUGGCAUAGAUAUAGUGCCUCAACCCUAUUGGAAUGGCUCAGUUCUCUACUCAUUAUUUGCAAUUGAGCUCGUUGGGCUGGGUAUUACGGAUCAACAGGGCAAAACUACAAAUUUCACAAGCUCUCCGCAAGCCGUGCUUUUGGAUUCCGGGACCUCGAUUAUGACAUUACCGCCUGAAUUGACGAGUGUCAUAUUCAAAUAUUUUAGCGCCUACGACGAUACGAAUUCUACAGGCAACGUAUACCUUCCCUGCUCACUUCUCAAUACUUCAUCCGAUUUGACAAUGAACUAUCUCUUCUCAUCCUCCUCCGUCUCUGCUACAAUCAAGAUUCCUCUCUCAGAACUCAUAUUCCCGCUUUCAAACCCCAUCUAUACUCCUUGGCCCAAUGUUCCGAUGCCAGAUUUACCAUAUAGCGACGACGUGUGUGCUUUUGGAAUACAGACAGGAGCACCGGACAACUACUUUCUCGGAGACACUUUUUUGAGAAGUGCAUACGUGGUGUAUGAUUUGGAGCACAAUCAGAUCGGAAUCGCGCAGGCAGAUUUCGAUAGUAAUGGUAGUGAUGAGAAUAUCGUCGAAUUAAACGCAGGACAACCAGCUGUCCUGGCUUUAAGUAGUGCUAUUACCAGUGCGAGUGCGAGUACGACGGAGGCCGCUAGCCCUACUACUAGCGGGAGCCAGAUUUCAGGUACUUCUGCUGCGGCUAAACCUACAGAAACUAAAAAGAGUGGCGGAGCUGUUCUAAAAUCUGAAAAUAUCAAUUUAGGAGUUCUUGGUUGCGUUAUAAUGGGUGGAUUAAUAUUUAGUGGUGGAAUUGUAUGAUGUGGGGCUAAAUGACUAUGAAUGUUAGGGGGAACGAAGCGAGAAACUAGAAGGUAUUAGCGCAGAGAUACAUAACAAACACUAUUAUUUAUUCAUGGAAAUACAAGCAUUGGGAAGGCAA